CUUCUGGCUCCCGGGCUAGAAAAGAGCGUCGAUGCCGGCAGCAGGGAUGAGUCCUUGGAGGUACUGGCUGCUUUGCGGUCCUGAGGAGUGGCUGCUGCUGUUGGCCUUUUUGCAGAUGCACUGCUGUCACUGAACACUGUCCCACUGGAAAGCAUCAGGGAAGCUCAGCCACCAGUAUGUCCAAGUACAAACUGGUUAUGUUAAGACAUGGAGAGGGUGCUUGGAAUAAAGAGAACCGUUUUUGUAGCUGGGUGGAUCAGAAACUUAACAGGGAUGGAAUGGAGGAGGCUCGGAACUGUGGGAAGCAACUCAAAGCGCUAAACUUUGAGUUUGAUCUCGUGUUCACAUCCAUCCUGAACCGGUCCAUCCACACAGCCUGGGUGAUCCUGGAAGAGCUGGGGCAGGAGUGGGUUCCCACGGAAAGCUCCUGGCGUCUCAAUGAGCGUCACUACGGAGCCUUGAUUGGUCUCAACAGGGAGCAGAUGGCAUUGAAUCACGGCGAGGAACAAGUGAGGCUGUGGAGAAGGAGCUACAAUGUGACCCCACCGCCCAUCGAUGAGUCCCAUCCUUACUACCAUGAAAUCUACAAUGACCGGAGGUAUAAAGUGUGCGACGUGCCUUUGGAUCAGCUGCCACGAUCCGAGAGCUUAAAGGAUGUUCUGGAGAGACUCCUUCCCUAUUGGAAUGAAAGGAUUGCCCCGGAAGUAUUGAGUGGUAAAACCAUCCUGAUAUCUGCUCAUGGAAAUAGCAGCCGGGCACUCCUGAAACAUCUUGAAGGUAUCUCAGAUGAAGACAUUAUCAACAUUACUCUUCCCACCGGAGUCCCCAUUCUCCUGGAACUGGAUGAGAACCUGCAUGCCAUCGGGCCUCACCAGUUCCUGGGUGACCAAGAGGCUAUCCAGGCAGCCAUAAAGAAAGUAGAGGAUCAAGGAAAAGUGAAACGAGCUGACAAAUAAAGUCUUUCACACGUGCUGGCUAGGAAUAGCUGCAGAAGGAGUGGCAUGCGGUGUGUUGUGGGUGCUGAUCUCCAUUUUUUUUUUUCCCCUGAUUUUUCCUGAUUUUUCCAGAUCUAGGCUGUGGGGUAGAGUUUAUGUAGGUAAUUAGGUAACUUAUGUUGGCCCAGAUGAAGGCUUUAGAAUGCCUGAGUGCUUAUGUUAUAAGCCUUAUGUGUUCUCCUCUGCUGACUCCAUUUGAAUUAGUUACUAGGUUAGUCACCAGUGGGGCUUAAUCAGUGUCAUAGGUUUCUGAGAUUGGGGAACAGCAAGUAGAAGUCAAGUUCAAGGUAUUCCUCAUUCAGUAAAUCAGUAUUGCAUCACCACUGAUAGGCACUACUUACUCCACUAAGUAGUUCACAUUUAUAUUUACUGAGACUUUCUGGGAUGAUAAUAAAGGAUAUUAGAUAA